AUGUACAUGUUUGUCGGCAGGCUACACUUCAGCAGUCCUUCCUACCGCAAGCCCAAUGUUAUGAACGUGGAUAAACCAGUGUGCAAAGGUGAGCCUGACGGAUCUGACUACCGCGGAAACAUCUCCGUGACCAGAAGUGGGAAGACAUGUCAGCGAUUGUCAUUUUCACAUAGUCAUCGGUACCUGCCAGAGUAUUAUCCUGAGUUGGUGGAGAACUACUGCCGCAACCCUGGAGGGGAUGUGGGCACCAUUUGGUGCUACACAAUGGACCCUGACACCCGCUGGGAUUACUGCAUCCACCCUGCAUGUCCUUUUGUCUGCAUAGGCAGUUCUGCCGGAUCUGACUAUCGCGGGAACGUUUCUGUGACGAUAAGUGGGAAGACAUGUCAGCGAUGGGAUGUCAACUUUCCUCAUAAGUAUACUUUCCUGCCAGAGGAUUAUCCUGAGUUGGUGGAGAACUACUGCCGCAACCCAGACGGGCAGCCCGGCCCAUGGUGCUACACAACGGACCCUAACACCCGCUGGAAGUUCUGCUGCAAUCCCGAAUGA